AUGCCCGCUUGUGCAAACGUCAGUUUACAGUUUGGGCCGUAUGAGUCCUGCGCGGAAGUUAAGCACAGGACUGAACGCCUGGAGGGAUUGAAAGUUGUGCUGACGUCACACGGUCACACUGUUCAGAUGGAGCAGAUUGAAACUUGGAAUGCUGUCUGUCUCGUCGUUAAUGGAGAGGUGGUCUUCCAAUGUGAUAUCAAUGACCUCGACUUUGGUGGGGAUGGAACUCUGGAUGGUUUAUGCGGGCAAGCUCUUCAAGCCGUCGUUAACUCAUUCUAAGUCACGCUAAAGCACAAGUGCAAGUCGUAAUUUUCAAUAUCUGCCAGUUGUAGUGGCAAUAGUUUACAGUAACCUUUGUGUCGUGGAUAUAGUCGAAUAAUCGUGUUGAAAAUUGAAGGGCAUAGAGGACUACUUUGUUCUUGUAUUGCCAUUCAUGACAUGUAUCAUACCUUUGUGUAACUAAAUAAACCUAACACGUUUAGGUUUAGACACAGUCGAUCGACAUAAUAAAUACUUAUAACAGUGAAAAACAUUGUUAGUACACAUCAUAAGAUGCUUUGUUUUCUCUAUUUUCACAUACGCAUACUCCACAAAUUCCACGCUAUUGUAGAGUGAGACUCGAACAUCCAACCAGUUCAAUGAUAUUAAAGAAGUUUUAUUUUUGUAUGCUAUACAUAAUUAAAUGCAUAACAAGGUGCAACCAAUACCAUACAGUAAAGCCUCAUCAGCUCGACUCAUGCCGAUUCACUGAAAAUUAAAACCAUUUUUGAGAAGCAUUCGUAUUCUACCUGCUUCUAGCUCGUUUAUACAAACAACA